CGGACCGGAGCUGCUCCGCCGGUGGCCCCGGUGCUGAAGCCGCCCUCCCCGGUGCUGAAGCCGCGGCCGCCGCCGUGGCCGCCGUCGGCGGGGGAGCGGCUCUCCCCGGUGGCUUGCCGGUGGCGGCGGGGGCGGCCCCGCCGGUGGCCCCGGUGCCGGCGGCGGGAGGUGUGGCCAGGGGCCGCAUAAAGCCGCCGCCGCCCCGCGUCCGCCGCCAGCCGAGCGCCGCCAGCCCGGGCGCGGAGCGGCGCGGAGCCGCCAUGCGCGGGGCCACCGGGUGCGGGGCCGCCGGGCGCGGGGCCACCGGGCGGGCUCUGCCGCCGCUGCUGCUGCUGCUGCUGGCGGCGGCGGCGGGGCCGGGCGGCGGCGAGGAGGCGAUCCAGUGCCCGCCGUGCUCGGAGGAGCGGCUGGCGCGCUGCAAGGCUCCGCAGGGCUGCGCGGAGCUGGUGCGGGAGCCGGGCUGCGGGUGCUGCGCGACCUGCGCCCUCGGCCGCGGCACCGCCUGCGGCGUCUACACCGCCCGCUGCGGCGCCGGGCUGCGGUGCUACCCGCCCCGCGGCGUGCCGCGGCCCCUGCACACCCUCAUGCACGGCCAGGGCGUCUGCACGGACCUGGCCGACGUCGAGGCCAUCCAGGAGAGCCUCCAGCCGCCAGAGAAGGAGGAGAUCGACCACCCCAACAACAGCUUCAGCCCCUGCAGCAUCCAUGACCGCAAGUGCCUGCAGAAGCAGCAGGCGAAGCGGGUCAACCACGGCACCAAGAUGCGCAACAGCGGGAGCCCGUACCACCGCGAGGAGACGCGGCCCAUAGCGCAGGGCUCGUGCCAGAGCGAGCUGCACCGGGCGCUGGAGAGGCUGGCCGCCUCGCAGACCCGCACGCACGAAGACCUGUACGUCAUCCCCAUCCCCAACUGCGACCGCAACGGCAACUUCCACCCCAAGCAGUGUCACCCGGCGCUGGACGGGCAGCGCGGCAAGUGCUGGUGCGUGGACCGCAAGACGGGGGUGAAGCUGCCGGGCUUCCUGGAGCUGAAGGGGGACUUGGACUGUCACCAGCUGGCGGACAGCAUGUGAGCGCGACCGCGGCAGCCCCGCGCCGCGCCGUGGCCAGGACACCCACCGGGGCUGCGUAGGAGAGGAAGAGAGGGGACGUGAGCGCCGAGCAGCUCGCCCGGUGCUGGGGGACCCCGGCGCGCGCCCCGGAUCACUGCUGUGCUCUGUGCCUCGGGCUGCCCACGGCACGGGGCACGGCAGCGUGACCUGCGCCCUGACCACUAGCUGCCACUGCCGAGGGGUCCCUGGCACGUGCCAGAGGCACCUUCACCCCGCACGGACACUUGCUUGGACAAAUGCUGCCCUGGGACUGGUGUCAGGAUGCCUGGGUGGAGCGGGUGGAGAGCACCCACGAUGCUGCCGCCCCUCGGUGCUGCUCCCACAGCUGCCGCUGCCUGCCCCGUGGUGCCCCGCCGGCUUUUGCCCCGGCCCCUCCGUGCUGCGGCAUGGCCAGGGUACCCGGAGCCCGGCGGCUGCGGCAGAGGCUUGGCUGCUGCCCCGGCCCAGCCUGGCCCUGCAGGCGGCCACGGACAUGCUGGUGCCUCGUGGGGUGCCGUGGCGGCACCCCUGCCCGCCGUGCCUUGCCACCCACGCCAGACCUCUGUGUGCGGCAGCAGAAGUGCCUCACCCUGCCCUCCCCAGCAGCGGGAGGCUGCCCAGGCAAGGACCGGGGGGGGCCCAAAGCGUGUGCGUGCAAUGAGCAUCGCAGCCACACAGAGCAAUAAGAGACCUUCCUCCUCCUCACUGCAGCCCCACAGCCCGGGAACCUCCUGCCCCACGGCCCAGCCCCAUCCCACUCCCUGUGCAGGGACAAAGCUGGUGGCCGCAGUGUUUUCCUCCCAUCCAUCCUGCCUCCCCCUGCCCCAGCCCCAGGGCGAGGGGGGUCGGGCACCCCAAGGCGUGCAGGGGUGCCUCCCCGCAGGGUCUGGGUCCAAGGGGGGGGGUCGAGGGUUGAGGGAUGCCCAGGAAGAAACGCCUCCCAGCAGGAAGAGCUGCUUCUUUUUUUUUUCUUUUUCCUCCCCUUCCUCAAAGAUUUUUAAUAUUUAAAAAAUGUUGUUGGUGGGAUCUUAAAACCGACCGUGUGGCCCCUGAGGCUGAAGUUCUCCCCCUCUGCGGACUGGGGCACCACAGGCGAUGGUUUCUGUCUUCUCUUCCAACUUGGCCAACGUGACAAAACCGGGAUGAAUUUCUGGAACGUCUCAGUAACGGGAUCUGCAGAUUUCACCAGCACAAAGUUCUCAGCUGAGAAAUUGUCACUAUUUUUGUAGCUAUUUUUUUCUUAUUAUUUUUUUAAGCUGGGCUGGAAAUUUUUCACCUAAAUGUCUUUUAGGUGAGAAGUGGCCGCGCUGGCUGCCAUGGCAAGUGUGCCAAAGACGGAGGGGAUUUUGCCUGUCCCCACCGACCCACCCCCUGGCUCCAUGGCCACAGUGAGAGGUUUUGGUUUUCCGUGUGGAUUUGCCCCAUCCACGCCCAUGGGUGCCAAGGCCCCCGAUGGGAACGAAAUGUUUCAGUUUUAGUGAAACACCCUUUUUCCCUCCCGGUCCCCAGCGGCUGCGCGGCACGGCGUGGCACGGCACGGCAGCUCCCCGGCACCAGCGGGGAUGUUCCCGCGUGUCUCGGUGGGGACGGGGAUUGGCAAGUGCUGCCAUCCCGCUGGCCAGGGCUGGGCGGACGGCGAGGACAGGGCGAGCCAGGAUGGAGGCUGGCACUGGGCUCAGCACUGCAGCUCAUCAGCACGGCUUCGCCUGGCUUCCCAUCCGCGUGACAGUGUCCGUGUCAUGUCCCGCGUCCCCAGGUGCACGUGUCCCAGCGUGGCCCCAGCACCUUCCACCGCCCGUCCCGUGGGGCUGCGCUCCUGCCCCUGCCCUGCUGCAGACCCAUUCCUUGUGGGGUCCCGCGGAGCUGUCGGGCCACCGGCUGCAUCCCUGCUCGGUGCCUCGCCGGGCUCCUGCCGAAAUCCCCCGCCUGCCCCGGCGCCCUCCCGGCCGGCUGCGCGUGGCCUCGCUCAGGGGAGGCUGCGCACACCCAAUCUGGGUCAAUUUGCCAGGAUGGUGGUCGGCGAGGGCGGGGGUCCCCGCCCCUGCCAGAGCCCCCGGCCCCCUGGUGCCACCGCACAAAGGAUGGGUUUCCCAGGAUGAGGCCGGUCCUGGCGCUGGUCCCGGGUGGCCGCGGUUGGGUGCGGGGUGCGGUGGCAGCCCCAGCCCGCCGGGCUCGGCCGUCCGGACCCUCCCCACAUGCAGCCAGGGCAGCGCCCGCAGCUCCAGCCGAGCGUCUCCUGUUUUUGGGGUGGCCUGCGGGCGGCCGGGCAGGGGCCGGGGAUGCCGGCGCUCGCCAGGACGCAUUCUGUGUCAGGCUCAGAGGGCUCCAGUGGUUUAUAUCGUCUCUCCUGUAGUUUAAGGCUCUAUUUACACACGAUCAUAUACCAGCGUAAGGCUCCCCAACCCCAGCGGCGUUUUUCCACACCGAUGUGAUUUCUGUCAGUUCCUCCUGGGCCAAGCCCGUCCCUUCAGACUCCUGUGUAGCGCUGACCCUCUUUUACAGUAAACUUGAACCUCUGUAUCAUCCAAAAGAAAAAAAAAAGGUAAUUACUGUAUUUAAUUUUCCUGUUAUUUAAUGUGUUUCUAU